AUGGCAUCUUCGCUGAGUGUUAUUACGACGACGAGAGAACAUCAUAUGGACAGACUCGAUGCUGCCAGAGCUUUACUCGGUGUGUCUCCUGCCUCGCAGUCCUCCGAGCCCAGCAGCAACAAUGGCAAGACUUCCCGCCUCUCCGCGGCCAGUGUGUCGUUUGCCAGUCCCAUAACGGUGGCGUCUUCGGCAGUGCUUGUUUCUUCGCAGCCAACCGCUCAGAAAUCGCAAGAGACCCGCUUUGCUCUCACGAGCAGCCCUAGCAGAGGAAGCCCCAGGGCACAACAGACAGCAACCAACAGCAACAAUCGAUCAGUUUCCUUUCAACAGCCUCCAACAGCUCAACCACAGCAGCAGCAGCAGCCCACACAACGGUUUGAAUUGGCGCCUCCUGCUGUAGUGGUCAGUACGGGUCUGUAUGCCCUGGCAGCUCUGGCUUCGUCGGAACAAGCCUCUUGGGAACCACGAGGUGCUCCACUGCAAUUGUCAGCUGCAUCAGGAGGUCCUUCUCUGGUGGUGAGCGCUUCGACAACCGCUUCUUCUUCCUCGGAUGACGAUUCGGAAGCCAUGCCGCCACCUCCUCCCAGAGCAGGAGGACGCAGACGCAGUGUCUCCAAUCCAGAGGGAAUGGAAAAGUGGGCGCCACCCAAUAGACGACACUUUGUCUUGCCAGCGUCCAUCUUGGAAGAGGAACUUGCCGAAGCGAACGCUGCCAUGGAGGCCCAUCAAAGACACAAACAAAAGCUUGGACCAAUCAACGAAGACGAAGAAACCCAACAACAAACGGCUUCAUCAGCACCCAUUAGUGGACUCAUGUCCGAAGAGGAGCAAGCCAAUCUCUCACCAGAAGAACUACUCAAAAGGGCAAGAUCUCGCUUGUUGGAGGAUCUAAGCGAGGGAAGCAUCAAUGGAGAAAAGGGAGUACUCACACUCCCUCAUUCCCUCUCCAAGUACAAGGAGGUGUACAACAAGAAUGGCCGCAUCGGAAUCUACACUCCAGCCGAACGAGCAGCCAUCAUUGCUAGAUUCAACAGCAAGAGGGCGCGCCGGGUAUGGAACAAAAAGAUUAGAUACAACUGCCGAAAGAAUCUGGCCGAUCGCAGGAUGCGGGUCAAGGGACGGUUCGUCAAACGAUCCACCGAACAGCAAGCCAAGACGGAUGCAGCCCCUCCAAGUGCGCCUGCUGUAGGUGCCCCGGAAUCUGCUGCGGCGGGUGAAGAUCAAGACAUGCCCGAUGUAACCGAUCCAGAAGCAGGAUUCUGUCCCACCGAGGAACAACCGUAUCGUCGCACUCGUCGACACACCAUCACAUAG